UUCGACUCGUGGCGUCUGCAUCAAGUCUGAAAGCAGACGCGCAACUUUCGCAGAAUCCACCUUAAAAUCUCUGCCUUAAACUGCACCAGCCCCCAAAAAAUCCAAGGGGGGAAAGCAGGGGGGGAGAGAGCAGAUUCCCCCCUCCCCCUCUCCUCUCCCAUCCCUCCCCCUUCCUCCUCCCUUUGAGUUAACAAGGCCCCGCUCACUAUAUCUCUUUAUAUUAAAAAUAUAUAUAUUAGAGAAGAGCGAGGGAGAGGGAGAACCACCUCCGCCCCCUCUUUUUAAAUUUUUUUUUUUUAAUUUUUUUGCAAGGAUCCAAAGAGCUAAGGUGGCUGUAGAGGGGAAAGCGGCGCGAGCCAAGUGGGGGAGGGUGGAGGAAACCCGGGAGAAGGCUUUCUCCAGCCCCCAAAGUUUUGAUGAUGACCAUGACUACGAUGGCUGACGGCUUGGAAGGCCAGGACUCGUCCAAAUCCGCUUUCAUGGAGUUCGGGCAGCAGCAGCAGCAGCAACAGCAGCAGCAGCAGCAGCAACAGCAGCCGCCGCCGCCGCCGCCGCCGCCGCAGCCGCACUCACAGCAGAGCUCCCCGGCCAUGGCAGGCGCGCACUACCCUCUGCACUGCCUGCACUCGGCGGCGGCGGCGGCGGCGGCCGGCUCUCACCAUCACCACCACCACCAGCACCACCACCACGGCUCGCCCUACGCGUCAGGCGGAGGCAACUCCUACAACCACCGCUCGCUCGCCGCCCACCCCUACAUGAGCCACUCGCAGCACAGCCCUUACCUCCAGUCCUACCACAACAGCAGCGCGGCCGCCCAGACGCGAGGGGACGACACAGAUCAACAAAAAACUACAGUGAUUGAAAAUGGGGAAAUCAGGUUCAAUGGAAAAGGGAAAAAGAUUCGGAAGCCUCGGACCAUUUAUUCCAGCCUUCAGCUCCAGGCUUUAAACCAUCGCUUUCAGCAAACUCAAUACCUGGCCCUUCCUGAGAGAGCUGAACUGGCAGCUUCCUUAGGACUGACACAAACACAGGUGAAGAUAUGGUUUCAGAACAAACGCUCUAAGUUUAAGAAACUGCUGAAGCAAGGCAGUAACCCUCAUGAGAGUGACCCUCUCCCCGGCUCAGCAGCCCUGUCACCACGCUCUCCAGCACUGCCUCCAGUGUGGGACGUUUCCGCCUCAGCCAAGGGCGUCAGUAUGCCCCCCAACAGCUACAUGCCUGGCUAUUCGCACUGGUACUCUUCUCCACACCAGGACACGAUGCAGAGACCACAGAUGAUGUGAGUUGUCCAAGGGAACACCCUAGGGAAACGUCUGAAUAAGGCAAGAAGGAUCUGGGACCUGCUUGCAUCUGCCAAACCGAGCCAAAGGAGCAGGCUCAAGAGAACUUUGUAUGUGUGGCUAGAAGCC